UGUCGAACUGGGACUGAGGAGGACUGAGGCUUGAGUGCUCUGAGGACUCUCGCCAAUGUCGCCCUGACAGUGUGUUCAAUGGUGCUUCCGCCGCACCAGGGCCGCCAAGACCAGACGGUGCGGAGCCAGUAGCCUUGUCAAGGCCAAUGGCAGCGCAUACAUUUCGCUAUUCUCGUCAAUGUAUGUUCCGCCACCACAGUCCUGUGGUAGUUCAACGCGUCCAUAGCGUCGGUGUCUCGCGCUGCAUCGCGCGUGCAACCAAUCCCCGCGUCCUGUGCGACGCCUCGGAGCCUCUUGGUCGGAUGUUUGAUCGCGCGCGUGUGCCCCUGAGCCCGCCGCGGUCGCCGACGCUUCCUACACACCGCAUCCUGUCUGUCGCCCAGGCAUGGCCCGACGCCCUGGAUCUGCGUCGAACGGAACGGCAGGAUGAGCCGUGCCAUUGGCCAAAGGAGCGGGCCAUGAUCGGUGCCCCUCCCAGCGAUUGAGAAGGCGGCGCUUGCGGGAACCGCGCUGUGGACCCGACCAUGAUCUGUUCCCAUUGGUAUAGCUACACGUGCGGUAGCGCGCCUCAACUGGAACCGAGGUCGGCACGCGUUGAGGUGCAGCUAUGACUUCGAUCUCUUGGCGGGCAGCAAGC